AUGGUGGACCGGAGCAAGAUUGAGCAACUAUGCUACUCAACGUUGUCGGUCAGCUCUGAAUACGCGAAAGACCCAUCAAAGUCGCCAGGAGACAUUGCGGAGAAGCUGUAUGGCUCACAUCACCUCACGACAAUAACCACAAAGACUCCAGAUUCGAGGGGCACAUUUUCAAAAAAUGAUCUCGAGUGGGCGAAAAGCUGUGGCAACUUUGGCAACACUAACCCGAGUGAACUGUUUCUCCACGGUCUCCAUGAUGUGCUUCAAUGCUUGCGCCAUGACCCCAUGGCAGAUUGUGUCUCACCGCCUCUCAUUGGUACGACUGGCUUCGUCCCGAUGACCAUUAUCGCUCCACUGAAUGAUCAGCUGCGACAUAUGUCGAACCUGAUCGUGCGGGCUAAGAAGGAAGUUCUGUUGGCAACGAACUUCUGGAAGACGUCUGGUGCUAGUACUUUCGUCAAUGAUGCCUUGAUCGAGCUAUCGAAACGGACAGCUGCUAGGAACGAGAGGGUUGUUGUCAAGAUUAUGUUCGACCGCGGAGCUUUGAAGCAGAUCUUCGACAACCAUCAAAACGUCGACUCCAAGGGAUGGCAGGCUUCUGGUGUAGGCUUGCCUCCUCCUGAGCAGAUGCCGAACGUGGAUCUCGCCAUUGUCAACUUCCAUCGCCCACCUCUCGGCACAUUCCAAAGCAAGUUCAUGAUUGUGGAUCGCCAGAUUGCCACAGUCUCUAGCAACAACAUUCAAGACAACGAUAAUCUUGAGAUGAUGUCCCAUCUUGAAGAACCCAUUGUCGACUCUCCAUGGGAGACUUUCUUGAUUUCGUGGCACAAUGCUCUUAAGCCGGCCGCUCCUUGCCGCACCACCUCAGCGGCACAAAGCAGCCCACCCACGUACUCCGAGCAGUCAUUCACAGCUCUCUUCGAACCUGAUGGAUCCUUCCGACUCCCGGAACAGCCAUGCCACCACGACCUACCAGAGCAUAUGCCGAACAGCCCGCACUACGACGACAGCAUUGCCAACGAGAUAGAGCGAAUGCGCUCCGUGCUCAACCCUGCAGCCGGCGAGAAGCACUGCGAUGCUGUCGCUCGGUAUUUGAAUAAACCCACUGGUCUCUCCGUCAAAGCAACCUCACCCGAGAAGGACUCCGGCCUCCACUUCUUCCCCUUCAUCCCAGUCCCCGAUACCGAGCCCGUACCCAUGGCUAUGGUCUCCCGAAAACCGUACGCAGCAAUGAACAACGACAGCGUCUUCGUGCCCCAGAACGAAGCUUUCCUCAGUCUAGUCCGCAACGCUAAGUGCACAAUUUUCAUCCAAACCCCCGACCUCAACGCCAAACCUCUCCUUCCCGCGCUCAUCAGUGCCGUCAAGAGAGGUAUUGAAGUGACAUACUACGUCUGCCUGGGCUACAACGAUGGUGGCGAGCUCUUGCCCGGACAAGGGGGCACGAACGAAAUGGCGGCGAACCAUCUUUAUUCCGAGCUUGAAGAGGACGAGAAGCCGCUUUUGAAGGUGUUCUUCUACGUUGCUGCGGAUUAG